GGAAGCGGCGGGGCCGCGGCCUCCCGGGCGCCCCGCGAGUCCGCGCCCUGGAAGCCGCGCUGGCAGCGCAUGGAGCCGAGGACUCGCGCGGAGGCGGGAUGCUCCCCGCCGGCAGCCCCGCGCUGCCCUCAAAGUGGCGAUGGAAGCAAGGACGUCGGGGAGAAAAGUGACAUAAAUAUUAUAGCUCUUGUUGGAAAUGAACAAGUCAAUGAAGAUACAGAUAAUGGUGAUCUCCCUGCCUACGUGUCUGCAUUUAUAGAAAAAGAAGUUGGAAAUGACCUUAAAUCUUUAAAGAAACUUGAUAAACUCAUAGAACAGAUGACGGAAAAUAAAAUGCAGUUAGAAGAACAGGUGCUUACAAUUUCAUCAGAAAUCCCCAAAAGAAUUCAGAGUGCCUUAAAAAAUGCAGAAGAAUCAAAGCAAUUCCUUAAUCAGUUUCUGGAGCAAGAAACUCAUCUCUUCAGUUCCAUUAACAGUCAUUUGCUGACUGCACAGCCCUGGAUGGAGGAUCUUGGGGCCAUGAUCAACCAAAUUGAGGAGAUUGAGCGCCAUCUUGCUUACCUUAAAUGGAUUUCACAAAUUGAAGAACUAAGUGAUAACAUUCAACAAUAUCUGAUGACCAAUAAUGUCCCAGAGGCAGCCUCUACUCUGGUGUAUAUGGCGGAACUUGACAUUAAGCUUCAGGAAUCAUCUUGUACUCAUCUUCUUGCUUUCAUGAGAGCCACUGUUAAAUUCUGGCAUAAGAUUCUCAAGGACAAACUUACAAGUGAUUUCGAGGAAAUUUUAGCUCAGCUUCAUUGGCCAUUCAUCACACCUCCCCAGUCUCAAACUGUUGGCCUGAGUCGACCAGCCAGUGGCCCUGAGAUAUAUAGUAACCUGGAGACACUGUUUUGUCAGCUUCUAAAACUACAAACCUCAGAUGAAUUACUUACUGAGCCAAAACAACUUCCAGAAAAAUACUGUCUCCCCGCAUCCCCUUCUGUCAUCCUGCCCAUCCAGAUUAUGCUGACUCCCCUUCAGAAAAGGUUCCGGUAUCACUUCCGAGGGAACCGACAGACUAAUGUGAUAAGCAAGCCUGAAUGGUACUUGGCUCAGGUACUUAUGUGGAUCGGGAAUCACACUCAGUUUCUGGAUGAGAAGAUUCAGCCAAUAUUAGACAAAGUAGGCCCUUCAGUAAAUGCGAGGCUUGAAUUUUCCCGGGGGCUUAUGAUGCUCGUUCUUGAGAAGUUAGCUGCUGAUAUACCAUGUCUGCUCUAUGAUGACAAUCUCUUCUGUCAUCUGGUGGAUGAGGUGCUUUUGUUCGAAAGGGAGCUACAUAGUGUUUAUGGCUAUCCUGGCACUUUUGCAAACUGUAUGCAUAUUCUAUCAGAGGAAACCUGUUUUCAGAGGUGGUUGACCGUGGAGAGAAAAUUUGCUCUUCAAAAAAUGGACUCAAUGCUUUCAUCAGAGGCUGCCUGGAUAUCUCAAUAUAAGGAUAUCACUGAUGUGGAUGAGAUGAAAGUUCCAGAUUGUGCGGAGACUUUUAUGACGCUAUUACUGGUGAUAACUGACAGAUAUAAAAAUCUUCCCACAGCUUCCAGAAAGCUACAGUUCCUGGAGUUACAGAAGGACUUAGUAGAUGAUUUUAGGAUACGGUUAACUCAGGUGAUGAAAGAAGAGACUAGAGCUUCCCUUGGCUUUCGAUACUGUGCGAUUCUCAAUGCCGUGAACUAUAUCUCAACAGUACUGGCAGAUUGGGCUGACAAUGUUUUCUUCCUUCAACUUCAGCAGGCAGCACUGGAGGUCUUUGCAGAGAAUAACACCCUGAGUAAGUUGCAGCUGGGACAGCUAGCGUCCAUGGAAAGUUCUGUCUUUGAUGACAUGAUUAACCUGCUGGAGCGUUUAAAACAUGACAUGUUGACCCGUCAGGUAGACCACGUUUUUAGAGAAGUUAAAGAAGCUGCAAAAUUGUAUAAAAAAGAAAGGUGGUUGUCCUUGCCGUCCCAGGCCGAGCAGGCGGUGAUGUCGCUGUCCACCUCAGCCUGCCCACUCCUGCUCACGCUGAGAGACCGCUCACUGCAGCUGGAGCAGCAACUCUGCUUCUCCUUAUUUAAAAUUUUCUGGCAGAUGCUUGUGGAGAAGCUGGACGUAUACAUCUACCAAGAAAUCAUCCUUGCUAAUCAUUUCAAUGAAGGAGGAGCAGCUCAGUUGCAGUUCGAUAUGACGCGGAAUCUGUUCCCCCUGUUCUCCCACUAUUGCAAGAGACCGGAAAAUUAUUUUAAACAUGUAAAAGAAGCCUGUAUUGUUCUGAAUCUGAAUGUUGGUUCUGCCCUACUUCUGAAGGAUGUCCUGCAGUCAGCUUCAGGCCAGCCCUCUGCCACAGCCGCAUUAAAUGAAGUUGGAAUUUAUAAACUGGCUCAACAAGAUGUUGAGAUUCUGCUUAAUUUGAGGACAAACUGGCCUAACACUGGAAAAUAAUGCAUCAUUUUUUGUUUUGGAGUUUUGGGUUUUAACAAAGAGGAAGACAAAUUGGAUUUCAAGUUAAAUGACGAUGUUCUGAAUUAAUGAAACUGGACAGUUGAAAACUUUACGGAGAAUCAUUUAAUCUUGGACUUACAGUGUAAUUAAAAUGAUGACCAUAUUUCCUCAGUCCUCUUGUUCCUAAGAAAACAAAAACAGAAAACUCAGAAGCCAGGAAAAUGCAGAAUAAUUGCAUUUAGAAAUACAUGUCUACUGAAUAAGAUACAAGAGCAGAGAUAAUAAAUUAUGACAAAUUUUCAUCCUAUGCUAAUUAAGGGAAACUUGUAGAUAAACACAGCAAAUAAAUUUUUAAAAAAAUCA